AUGUCCACAAUCCAGAUUACCUUCCUCAUGUGUCACAGAUACAAUUAUAAUGAUCCCCUGAAUGUCAAGAUAUGGCCAGAAUACUGUCAUCAUAUGUCCAGAAUACUGUCAUGAUGUGUCCAGAAUACUGUCAUCAUAUGUCCAGAAUACUGUCAAGAUAUGUCAAGAAUACCUUCAUGAUAUGUCCAGAAUACUGUCAUGAUAUGUCCAGAAUACUGUCAUGAUAUGUCCAGAAUACAGUCAUGAUAUGUCCAGAAUAUUGUCAUGAUAUGUCCAGAAUACUGUCAUGAUAUGUCCAGAAUACUGUCAUGAUAUGUCCAGAAUUUUGUCAUGAUGUGUCCAGAAUACUGUCAUCAUAUGUCCAGAAUACUGUCAAGAUAUGUCAAGAAUACCUUCAUGAUAUGUCCAGAAUACUGUCAUGAUAUGUCCAGAAUACCUUCAUGAUAUGUCCAGAAUACAGUCAUGAUAUGUCCAGAAUAUUGUCAUGAUAUGUCCAGAAUACUGUCAUGAUAUGUCCAGAAUACUGUCAUGAUAUGUCCAGAAUUUUGUCAUGAUGUGUCCAGAAUAUUGUCAUGAUAUGUCCAGAAUAUUGUCAUGAUAUGUCCAGAAUAUUGUCAUGAUAUGUCAAGAAUACUGUCAUGAUAUGUCCAGAAUAUAGUGUAUGUGUCCAGAAUCCCGUCAUCCUGUGUACUGAUAUAUCUUCAUCCCGUGUACUGA